AUGGCGGCCGCCUGCAAAAAGAUCUUGGGGACGCGAGGCGCCUACCGUAGGUACUUUUCUGUCUCAGCCUUUCUCAACUGUAAAGAUGGACAACAACCAAAAUUUAAGCCACCUCCAAAGCCAGUCAUUAUUGAUGAAUCAAAACCUCUCGCAGCAGAAAGACGAUUCUUGAGUCCUGAAUUCAUACCUCUUCGAGGAAGAACAGAUCCUUUAAAACACUACAUCGAAAGAAGAGAUAUGGUCCAGAGGAGAAAAGUAGUGAACAUUCCGGAGUUCUACGUUGGGAGUAUCCUCUCUGUUACGGCGGCAGAUCCUUACGCCCCCGGAAAGAGGAGCACUUUUGUAGGCCUCUGUAUCCAGCGCUCAGGGAAAGGGCUUGGUGGGACCUUCAUUCUUCGGAACAUAAUAGAAGGACAGGGAGUGGAAAUCUGCUAUGAGCUGUACAACCCUCUGAUCCAAGAGAUCAAGGUUCUGAAGCUGGAGAAGAGGCUGGACGACAACUUGAUGUAUUUACGAGACGCGCUUCCGGAAUACAGCAAGGUGGACGUUAACAUGGUGCCUGAACCUCUCGCAACCAAUGAAGAGGUUCCCGUCAACAAGAUGAAGGUCAAAAUGAAACCUAGACCUUGGUCCAAACACUGGGAACAUCCAAAAUUUAACAUCCAGGGCAUCAACUUUGACUUCUAUCUUACGGAAAAAGACAAAGAGAAAGUGGAAGAAUGGAGCAUGCCUUGGAGAGAAUUUGAUAUGAUGAAAGAAUAUGAUACAUCAAAACUUGAAAAGCAUAUUUGGGAAGAAGUGGAUAAAGAACUAAAAAACUAAGUUAUGUAAUUGUGGAAGACUUUGUCCAGAAAGACCAACUCCAUCCAUUUUAGUAUACUGUUU